UCUUAUACACACAGUGUCAGUAUAAAGGCCUGGUAUGAAAACAUAGUGCCAGUGUUUUAGGAAGUUCUGGCUCACUGUUCCUCUCGUUUAAUAUUGAAGUCAUUAUUUACAACAGUUGUUGAGUACAUUAUUUUAAUGAUUGUUUGUUACAUUUAAACGAUUCGUGAGUUUAGUUAAAAAAGAGAGUGAAAUAUAAAUAAGAGAGAAGACAACAACAUUAAACAUUUUUCAAUGAGUGCACUCUAUAAUUAUGGUUCAUUAUGGAUCAUCAUGGGAUCGGUAGCCAUUGCUCAUCAGUUACCGACUCUCACUAUCGCUAACCACCAGAGUGUUCAUCACAAUCAUGUUGGCCAACAAAUGGGCCCAUUAUUUACCUUAGAGCCACCAAAUCGUAUACAUUUUAGCAAUACAUCCGGUGCCGUGAUUGCCUGCUCGGCCAAUGGCGUCAACGUUAGGAUCAAUUGGAUUUUGGCCGACGGCUCUCCCGCUAUUGACAUCAAUAGCUUACGAUAUAUUCGCUCUAAUGGAGAGCUAGUGUUCCCUCCCUUUCCAUCCACACAAUACCGUCAAGACAUCCAUUCAACUACCUACAGAUGUAUUGCAAGCAAUAGCUUUGGUACGAUUCGCAGUCGUGAUUGUCAAGUAAGAGCGGUGGUACACCAGUCAUAUAAGACUCAAGUAUACGACGAGUUUGUUAUCCGCGAGAAUACGGCUGUCAUGAGGUGUCAAAUGCCGACAUUCGUUAGAGAGUACGUUAGGGUCGUUACCUGGCUUAAGGAUGACUCCACACUCAUCACCAGUUCCCUCAACAACGGUAUGGGUUUUGGUCGAUAUGUAAUUUUGAAUAGCGGCGAACUACUUGUGCGAAAUGCCUCUAAAGCCGAUAUGGGUUCAUACCGGUGCCAAACCAGACAUGAAUUGACUAAUGAAAUGUUCACCAGUUCUGUUGGCGGGAGGCUUAUUGUCACCGAACCACACGGAACUAUAGCUCCGAGGAUAUGGAGUCAUAGCCAAGUCAAGUGCCAAGAAGGAGACUCCUGUCAAUUGCCAUGUAUUGCUCAAUCUUGGCCACCACCUAAAUAUAGGUGGUAUAAAGAAGAAGACACUGCCUUAUCUCCAGUAGUUAUGAAUACAAAUAUUCAACAAUUUGAUGGCACACUCCUACUGAGUCAGGUGUGGCCACAAGACUCCGGUAAAUGGGUUUGUGUGGCCAACAAUACACUGGGAGAGGAGCGUAUUGUUGUCAAAUUAGUCAUUAUUUCGGCCAUCGGUGUACAUAUCGAACCACAGAGACUGGUGGCCGACGUGGGAAAGUCAGCCACAUUUAACUGUUCCGUAAGGGGCGGACCAAUCAAUCUACCGGUGAUUUGGCUUAAAGACGGUCACCCAUUACUUAGCGAUCCAUUCAGUGGUAUUGCAAUUAAUAUAGACGAUAGGAUACGACUAAUCGACUCAAAUGUCUUGUAUAUUCGCUCAGUUAUCAGACAAGACUCUGGUUCUUAUCAAUGUUUAGCUGAGUCUGAGUACGACUCGGCUCAGGGCACGGCUGAGAUCAAGUUGGGUGACAUCGCACCGGUCAUUAUGGAGCACUUCUCGGAUCAGAUCAUUGAGUCGAGUACUUCACUGUCGCUCCGAUGCACAGCAUCGGCCACACCAUUGCCACAGAUUAAGUGGUUUCUUGACGACCUGCCGGUGCCAAACUUUGCACGUUUCCGGGCUGGAGAUUACGUGACAACCGACGCUAAAGUUGUCAGUUAUGUUAAUAUCACAUCCACUCGUGUUGUCGAUGGAGGAGAAUACAAAUGUGUGGCCAGUAAUGAUGUGGGACAGUCCAGUCAUACGGCCAGAAUCAGUGUGAUUGGACAGCCAUCGCUACGAUCUAUGUGGACGAGUAACAACUUAACUGUAGUAUCCGGACACUCCAUAGUGCUGUCGUGUCCGGUCAUUGCCUAUCCUAUUGAGUCCAUUAUGUGGGAACAUAAGUCUAAUCAGUUACCAGUUAAUCAUCGACACAAAGUUGAACCAAUUAUUAAUGGUAUCGGAGGUAAACUACAUAUCAGUGCUGUCCAUAAAGCUCUGGACGCUGGAGAAUAUAUCUGCACUGUCAAAGGCAGUAACAGUAAAGCCGUUAAGGGAAGUAUUAUACUUACCGUACGUCUAGCGCCACAAAUUGACGGCCACUCACUUCCCGAAGAGAUUGUCACCAAACAAGGCAUGAGAGUUAAGCUCAUGUGCUCUAUCAUUGAAGGCGAUCCUCCCAUCGAUAUUCGCUGGUUUAAAGGACACUUACCAGUGAUGGCCACCGAAACUAUUUCCCUACAAAACUCAGAGGACUAUUCGCUAUUGACAUUCAAGAGUGUAUCACAUAAUGAUAUGGGAAACUGGACAUGUAAGGCCUGGAAUGAUGUUCAGAGUACUAAUCGCACCGUUAGUUUAGUGGUGAAUGUUUCGCCCAACUGGAAGGUCGAGCCGAAGAAUAUAAACGUAGUUUUAGCCAAAAGUGUGUCCAUUGACUGUUCUGCCGGUGGAUCUCCCGGUCCACGAAUAUCAUGGAAAAAGUCGAUUGUCUCGAGUGUCGCACAAGAGUUGGGUUCAAAUGACAAGAAUGUUAUCACAGCCUCAUUGCCAGCAAUGCCUUCACUGCCAUCUGAUUUCAGAGACAUACUAUCCAGUUAUCGACAUCAGGUCUACGCUAACGGAACUCUAUUUAUACAAGAAGUGGACAAAUCUGAUGCCGGCUUUUAUAUGUGUAAAAUAAGCAAUGGUAUCGGUGCUGACUUGAGUAAAGUAAUCCAACUGUAUGUCCAAAUGCCGCCACACUUUGAGGCCAAGUUUGUCAGCGAAAUGGCCACCAAAGGUACUACAGCUGUACUCAAAUGUAGAGCAAAAGGAGAUCCAGUGAUGAAAGCCAUUUGGCAGAAGGAUAAACAAGUUGUUGACUCAACAGUUGAUAAAAGAUUUACAAUUAAAGAGGAGAUUAUUUCACCGCAUAGUUUGAUCUCAUAUAUGGAGAUUGAAAAUGUCGGACGAUAUGAUUCGGCUCUAUUCACGUGUAUUGUGAUCAACAAUUUCGGUACCGACGACACAAAUAUACAGCUUAUAGUUCAAGAAGUGCCCGAACCUCCACAUGAAGUACAAGUGAUGGAUAUUACGAGCCGAUCGGCGGCGGUCACGUGGAAGGCCUCCUUUUCCGGCAACAAUGCUAUUAACAAAUACAUCGUUCAAUACAAAAAACUAUGCGUUUUAGAUACCGAUUGGGAAGAGAUAACCACAAACACUGGUAACGACUUCCGAGCUGUUGUCCGUCCGUUGCAUCCGAUGUGCAAAUACGAGCUUAAAGUAAGAGCUGAGAAUUCUUUGGGAAGAAGUGAUCCCUCAGUGAUGACUACCUUCACGACCAACGAGGAAGUACCGGGAGGGCCGCCUCAGGACGUUAUGGCUGAGGCCACGUCAUCAACAUCGUUGAAGAUUAAAUGGAAACCACCGGCAAAACAUCUGCAAUACGGAACUAUUAAAGGUUAUUAUAUUGGCUAUAAAGUGGCCAAUGAUAACAGUGACCAGUUUGCAUACAAGAGCGUUGAGGCCACGCCUAACAAUGAUGGCAAUCGGUUUGAGAUGAGCUAUAUCUCAAAUUUGAAGAGAAAGACUUACUAUACGAUCAUAAUUCAGGCCUACAAUAGUGUCGGUGCCGGUCCACGAACUGAUGAGAUAAAAGUAUUGACACUAGAGUCACAACCUCCCCGAUCGCCGCUUCUGGAAGUGGUCACUACUACUGUUGACUCAAUUACUAUACGAUGGGAUAUCAAUGAGUUGGACAGUGAAGAGAAAGAGUUUGUUUUAUAUUAUAGAGAAGAAAAGACAGUCCAAUGGAUACAAAAGCUAUUGAAGACUAAACGAAAUAUUUUUGUUUUGGAUUCAAGUGACGGCAAAACGGCACUCAAAUGCGGCACAAAAUAUAUGCUAUACAUGACAGCCACCAAUAGUCUGGGAACGGGUGAACCCAGCGAAACUAUCACUACUUCUACCAAAGGCUCGGCACCUGUGUCUCCAUCGAAGGAAGAGUUUAUUUACACCAAUUCCACAUCAGUGGCGCUUAGAUUAAAUAGUUGGCUAUCCGGCGGAUGUCUCAUCAAUUAUUUUACUAUUAAAUACAAAUUAUCACAACAAAAACAAUGGAUUAUUAUAAAAGAAAAGUUGUCCAAUAGAUACGAACCUUUUUAUAUAUAUCAAUUAAUUCCGGGUCACGACUAUGAUCUCUAUGUCGGCGCGCAUACCGAUGCUGGCAUAACAGAAGCAGAAUAUCAGUUUAGGACUUCCAACACAUCAGUUGUAAUAAAAAUAGGUUCAAUGAAUCCGCCGACAAGUGUUGUUUCUCAGUCGACCACUGCCUCACUGUCUAUCUUCCAAAACUUUACAGUUAUGCUACCAAUAGUCAUAUCGGUGAUUGUCCUCAUAGCUGUUCUCACUACUCUAUUAGCGUUCAUGAAGAGACAACGAUCAAUAGAUCAGACCAUCAAUAAUAUGGACGCCAGAAGUUCCAUACCUAAGAGCGAACUGUCCUCCGAUAUGUUUCCAUUGAGUGACUUCGUUAGGAGUAAUUCAAAACCCAAACUAUUUGAGAGUCACACGACUCACCCGAGCGACAUAUACGGCAAAACGACUGCCGCGGCCGCCACUUAUUACGCGACUCCCAAUCGGCGCAGUUCAUCGGGUCUGGCCGUUGCCAAUCAUCAGCUUAUGGCCAGACAUAUGCAUAACAGUGAUCACGAAUACGCCGAACCAUUGGCUCAAUACUCUCAGCCGCGAUGUCUAUUCAGCGAUGAUAACGAGUGCUCCAAUUUAUCAAAUACCUGUGCCUUAAUGGUACCAAACACUCGGCUAUAG